CCGAAGCAUUGCUCUUUGCCUAUAGGAGCACUUUUCACAGGCUUUUGAAAUAGAAUCUUCUAUGAAAGACCACUGAAAGAGCUUUGAUUUGGUUGAUCAAGUGACUUCAUUAAUUUGGAAGGAAAGCAAAAAGCUAGGAUCCGUGUGAAUAACUGAAAGCUUAUUUAAUAUGGAAUUACCCGGCCAAACAAUGAAUGAAAGUUUUUAUUUGAGAAGAGGCACCCGACGCGGGAGCUUCCUUCAUAGAUUUGAGAAGGAAGUGAUGCAAAUUAACUCUUUCGUAAAUGAUUGCGUGUCUGAGGUGAGGAUCAACACAUCCAAACUUUUGUUUGGAUCAUCAUUGAAAGUACAAUGUGUGAAAGCAAUCAUGGACAGCUUCCGAAAGUCUCCCAAGUACUUCCAGGGUGUAGCCUCUCUACCAAAAUUAUUGCGGAUAGAGGUUUUGAAGAAAUUAAGCAUAGCCAACAAAGGAGAAAAAAAUCCGAUCCCUUUGUUAGAACGGUUCAAGAUUGUGACCUACUUGAUGCACGAUAUUUAUGAAUUCAACUUCAAAUGGGCCAAUCCGUCUACAAAAGAAGAGUGCGAAAUGCCCAUGGCGGAAUUCUUGAAACUACUUCGUCCCAUAGUAGACGUAAUGUUUGAGCAGUUAGUAGAAAAAUGCAGAAACAGUUUGCAAAGCCUUGUCGUUGGCGAAGAGGGACACAUAUGGUACUUUAGGCAUAUCGGCGCGUCGAACCCAGUCCGCAAGGAUUGCUUGCUAAAAAUGGUUAAUUUGCGACGCCUGGAACUGCACCACCACUUUCUGCAACCAGACGAAUUCUACUUUAUCUGCACUACGCUAGUCGAAUUGGAGCAAGUGCACUUCAAUCUCCUAGACACGUCUCGCAAGCAUUUGUUUGAAUCUCUGAACGCACUGAAAAAGCUGGAGGUUUUCAUAUUCAAGCCUUGGGCUACCUUUCACAAAACAUACAUCAGUGAGCUACCAAAAGACGAUUUGCACCAACUUUACCUCUAUUGCAUGAAUCAGUUUCCUAGGAUAAAAGUAGUCGGGAGCGUUGCAGAUGAAAACGUAUUUGACGAAAAUACGUACCUUGAUUUGGACAUUUUGGACGAGGUUCCCCUGCUUGAAAUCAGCAAGAUAGGACAUCUGAGGGUCAGAGAGCCAUUUACAGAGGCCCAAGCGGCGUUCUACUCUAACAUAACUGUCCUCGGAAUCUCCAUGGAUGACUACAGCACCUUUGAACCUUCAGAUGUGGAAAUCCUGCUCAGUUUCAAGAAAAUCAAGAGUUUAAUUUUUUACGUUCUUCCUUACCACACGGUUCAUUUUAAUCUGAUCGAAAAACUUCUGCAGACAUAUGGCCCUAAUUUGAUCAACCUUCAAUUUCACUCGCCCAUGAAUACGUGCUUGUUCAUUGGCGCAAUCCUCGGUUACUGCCCUAAUCUCAAGAGUCUCAGGAUGUACUGCGGUCCUCUGAUGGAUCCUCAGUUCCUUCCAAACACACACCUGUCGCAGCAAUUGAACAGCCUAACUGAACUCCACCUCGUGCAACUGUGGCUCAUUAAGGAACCGGCCUGUGUCCUGAUAAAUUUAUUCACCGCCAGCAAUUUGGAAACCCUAGUUUUGAAGCAGGUUUGGCUGGAUCCGUUGAUGGUGCACUUGGCGCUCUGCGGGUUGAAUUUUCAAAAAGUCAUCGCCCCCAAAUUGACCAAACUAGAGAUUUCUGUGCGUUUUCCAAACAGUAAGAGCGAGUCGUUCACGGACGAUAUCAGUGAACAGCCUGUCCAAUGGGUUUUAUUCUUGAUGCGUGUCUUGUGCAAGGCCCCGGUUUUGAGGAAUGUGUGCUUGCAGGAUGGCCUGCCAGAAUUGACAGACGUAGUCAACAUCAUAAAUAAACGAUCCAUGUUUCAAUGAAUUACGGACAGUUCAUUAUAAAAGAUUUGUAUAUUUUACAAAUUCUUGAAACAUUUAUAUUUUGUACAGUAUGAUCACUGCUCAAAGUCAAAAAACAAAACUAUUUGUGCCUGAAAUUUUAGGUUGAUCAGGAUUUUUGCAACGAAAGACUUUAGAGCUAUACUAAUUUUAAAAUAAUCUUCAAUUUCAUCCCACUGGACUGGUAAUUUCUUUCAAAUACCUCUUCUUUUUUUUCCUUUAAACCGUCAGUUUGUAACCAUAUAGCUAGAACCACAUUUUCACAAAACCAAAAAUGCUUAUUGCUCAGCUCGGUCUGCAUAACGCAAGCCAAACUUUAAAGGCUGUGCUUGAAGCAUCUCGCUAUUAAAUUCAAUUUAUUGAGUUUGUCUAGUUUGCAGGCUGCAGCUAAAAAUAAAUGUUUUAAGCAGUGACAAUGCA